CUCAUCUCUCUCACACUCACUCUCUCACACACACACACACACACACACAGAGGAUCUGGACUUCUCUGUCAAACUUAUGCUGUUUUUUGCAUAUUUACAUAUUGACUUUUAUUCAUUCAGCAGAUCAUUGUUUUGCAAUCACGAGGUCUUAUGUUAAACAUCUGUUCUGUCUUUGCAGAUCUUCCAGCAUCAUUAAAACGGACACCCCCAAGGAGGAACCGCUGGAGAUCAUAAAGCCCGUGCCCAUUAGCAGCCCCGCCAGCCUCGCCCCGGGCAGCAGUGCCUACAAUAAGACGGCGCGGCCCUUCGGCGGGACCGCUAGCACCGUCAGAUCAGUCAGUCCGUCCCCGGCCGCACCCAAAGCCUCCAUCCCCUCCGCCUCCUCUGCGUUCACCCCAGCUGCUCCGUCCCAGCAGCCUCCUCAGCCUCCCUUCCCGCUGGGCACCAGCCGCGGGCUGUCCUCUCCAAGCUCCGCCCCCAAACCCGCCUCUGGCCACUCCCCCUUUGCUAACUCCUCCUCUGCAUCCUCCUCUGGCUCCUCCUCCCCGGCUAGAGUGACGGCUCCGCCCCCGGCCCCCGCUGCUCCUCUUCCGUCCGUCUAUAACACGCCCAUCAACCUCUACUCCAAUGCGAACGCGUGCGAGGUGGCCAUGGGCCAGAGACGCGGCCUGCUGGAGAGCAUAGCUACAGGGGAACAGCACAACGGAAAGACUCCUCCCAGAACCGCCCGGAAGCCCGUCCUGGAGCCGGAGGUGAACCACGUCUCUGCUCUGAGUGACUCCAGUAAGAAGCGUCUGAUGGAGGACACGGAGGACUGGCACCCGCGCACCGGCACGUCUCAGUCACGCUCCUUCCGCAUCCUGGCGCAGAUCACCGGCACAGAGAACGAGCAAGCUCAGGAGAACCGGCCUGGAAAGAACGAGGCUGCAGAGGAGCUUCAGCCUAGUUCUCAUGCCACGUCUUCAGUCAAAACCAUGAGCAAAGCGUCCGCUGGAGCCCCGCGAGUCCCUCCAGCCGCAGCCAAGAGCUGGCAGUCGAGCAGCGCCGCAGGGUUGCCCAAAGCAGGUGCACCUGCGCCGCAGACGGGCCCCUCGUUCGGACAGGUCAGCAACAGCCUCCCCAAGGGCCCGGAUCGACCCGCGCCUCAGGUUCACCCCAGCGACCAGGACGAUUCGCUGGUGCAGAGAGCCGAGCACAUCCCGGCGGGAAAGCGCACACCCAUGUGCGGCCAGUGCAACAUGGUCAUCAGGGGUCCGUACCUGGUGGCGAUGGGCAAAUCGUGGCAUAAGGAGGAGUUCACCUGCUCUCACUGUCACAGUUCUCUGGCAGACGUGGGUUUCGUAGAGGAGCGCGGCUCCGUCUACUGCGAGCGCUGUUAUGAGCAGUUUCUGGCCCCGGCCUGCUUCAAAUGCCAGCAGAAGAUUCUGGGGGAAGUCAUCAACGCCCUGAAGCAAACCUGGCAUGUGUACUGCUUCCUGUGCACCGGCUGCCAGCAGCCCAUCCGCAACAACACCUUCCACCUGGAGGACGGGCAGCCGUACUGCGAGACCGAUUACUACACCCUGUUCGGCACCAGCUGUCACGGAUGUGACUUCCCCAUCGAAGCGGGCGAUAAGUUCCUGGAGGCGCUGGGGUUCACCUGGCACGACACCUGCUUCGUCUGUACGGUUUGCAGCACGAGUCUGGAGGGUCAGACCUUCUUCUCCAAGAAAGACAAGCCCUUGUGCAAGAAGCACGCUCACACCGUCCAGUUCUGAGUGAAAGUCAACGCCUUGCUGGUCAUAUUUCACUCUUGUGAGAUUUAUUUUAGUACAUGAAUUUAGUUUUUUCAAAGAGAUUUAUUUGCUUCGGUUUCCCUCAGAAACCUCAUCAUGAGAUCAGGAACUGCGUUAAUCAUUGAUCUGCCUCCUAAAUGAGGUUCAGUGUUGCAUUGUGGGUGUUUUGUCUGUUUUUGAGCGAGUAUAUCAUGCGAUGCAGAAAAUAUUUCAAUUGUUAUUUUCAGCAUUACAGAAGUUCUUACUCUAUUU